AUGGACCAAAAACAAUGCGGAGAAUGUCAGCUCGUUAUCAACGAGCUCGAGCCGCUGCGCUGUGGUUUUUGCGAAACAUUCUACCACAUCAGCCAGCAGUGUUGCGGUAUUAAUAUCCGCAAUCUGAAGGAACCAUUAUCAGCUGGAAAGAUACUCUUCGUUUGCAAUUCCUGUCGUGGGGUUCUACAGGGCCGCUCUAUCCGCUGUUUCAUCGACGAUCAGCAGCAACAACAAAUGCAACCCCCCUCGCUUGCUUCGUUGCCAGAUCAGGUUCGGCAACUGCAUGAUGCCGUGGCUGAGCUAAGUAAAAAAGUCGACAAUUUCUCUGCUAAUCCACAACGCAACCCGUCACUGAGUGCUACACCAGUUUGGCCCAAACCGGGUGCAAAACGCCGUCGUGAAGACCGGCCUGAUAUUGACGUGCCAACCGUAAAUGGAACGAAAACAAUUGACUUGAGUGGUCUUUCCGUUCCCUCUAUUGCUCCUAGUACACCUCCGGAGAAAUUCUGGCUAUAUCUUUCUCGCCUGAACCCGCUCAUCACCGAUAACGACGUGCAGAGUAUUGUGUCACGCUGCUUGAGCUUAACUGAACCUGUCGAUGUGGUGCGUUUGGUUCCCAGAGGAAAAGUCGUAUCCAGUAUGACAUUUGUGUCAUUCAAGAUCGGUUUGGAUCCUUGUUUGAAAGAUGCUGCACUCGAUCCGGAUUCCUGGCCUGCCGGAUUACAGUUUCGCGAGUUUAUUGAUUCGGCAAAAAACUAG